AUGAUAACAAACCAGGAACAUGUUUAUCCAUUUAACAACAAUACAGCUUUGGGCAUGUAUUCUUGGAUAAAAGCAUGUGAGUGCAUGAACCUUCUCCAAGAGCCAGAAUUAUCCACAUGUACAAGUAAUUCAAGUAGUUCAAGUUCUGUAAUAAUAGAAACACAAAUAACAACAAGAAUUACUCUCGAUGAAAAUUACAUUGACAAAUUAAUUGACCUCGAAUUGAGGAAUGUACCAUCUACAUUGGGCUUGGUGUGGAGCAAAUUGUCUUGCCAUUCAAAUCCAAACGAAUUUCUAUUCCAAACCAAUCCUUCAUCUCAAACCUCUAAUGAAUGCUCCCCUAGUGUCUGUAACAACAUCAUAAUAUCUAAUAAUCAACAAGAAGAAAUAGAUCUCAAUAUGAAACCAGUUUCGCGUAUUGAAAACGCUCCAUUUUGCGUCCCUUUUCAUCAACCAGAAAGCUCAUUAUUUAAGAAUAAGAUUUCAAAGAAAAGGAAACAAAAAAAGGAUAAACCAAACUAUCGAGUGAGAUUUUCAUACAACAAGUUUGAAGAAAUUGAAUUUAGAAAAUCAAAUCCUAAAGGAAAAUUUAUUAUUUUCAAAUAA